AGAGUUGCACUCACGUUCACACGGACGAUGUAACUUAGCACUCUAUUAUUUUAAAUAAAACUAUCGUAUACUGUAUGAAAAAUAAGUGUAUUGUUAGAUUAAUGGCAGUGUUCAAAUAUAAUACAAGCAAAAAUGGCUGUGUCGCAUCAGUGGUUUGUACAAUGGUCCACGCCUUCAGUGAUCUUUGAAGGUAUUAGUAACGAUUUUAAAAAUGUGAAUCCAAGUUGGAACAAUUACAAGAAUAACUACGUAAAUCCAUUUGAGCUAUCGUCUUCUAGAACCGUUGGAGGUUAUUAUAUAUCGCCGACCCGUGCAUCUAAAUAUGAAAAAACUAAUUAUUUGGAUUUUGAUAAACGUCCAACUAACGAUAGAACGCGUUUAGCUGGAAUGGCGUUAUGGCUUACGAUGUUGGGGAUAACGCGAUCCCAGUCUGUGCCAUCAGAUACGGAAACUCCACCCUUUAGCACGCUUUACAAAUGGAAACACCUAGACUUUGAGUUCCCUUCAGAGAGCCAUCGACGCUACGCUAUUGCUAAUGGCGACUUCAUUCCAGAAAACAUUCUACCUCUAGGAUUGGAGGUGUGGGGUUCUCGUGUUUGGGUGACAAUACCAAGUUGGCGACGAGGAGUUCCAGCCACACUAGCCACCGUUCCUCGCUCUGGUGGAGUGACAUCGCCACGUCUUAAGCCUUACCCUGAUUGGAGCUUCCAUAGAGCAUUCAAUAAAAGCAGUGGCUGUUCUGGCUUAACAUCUGUUUUUCGAAUGAAUAUUGACCAUUGCGGUAGACUGUGGGUACUCGAUUCAGGACAAAUAGAUACUCAAGAUAACCCAAAACAAAUAUGUCCACCAAGUAUAAUAGUAUUCGAUUUAAAAACUGAUAUGCCUAUUGCCAGGUAUAUUAUUCCUAAGGAGUACGUUCUUCAAGAUUCAUUAUUUUCGAACAUAAUUUUGGAUACAAGAAGGAAAGACUGCUCUGAUCUUCACGCUUACAUAGCAGAUACGUGGCGCUUCGGACUGUUGGUAUUUCGCGAAAGCGAUGAAAGUUUUUGGAGAUUUUCACAUCAUCUAUUUUUCCCUGAUCCCAUAGCAUCUAAUUAUACCCUACACGGCUUAAACUUUCAAUGGACCGAUGGAAUCUUUGGUCUUGCGCUCACUCCUGUCGACCAAUUUGAAGAAAGGAUAUUAUAUUUUCACGCCAUGUCAAGUUACAGAGAAUUUUUAGUUAAAACGUCAGUACUUCGUGAUUCAUCGCGUGUUAACGACAGUGCUACUGAAUUUUCCAUACUUGGUGAAAGUAGAGGAUUGUUUGGUCAAUCGUCUGCAUCGGCGAUUGAUAAACAAGGGGUAAUGUUUUAUGGCCUAGUGACAAGGGACACUGUUGCUUGUUGGGAUACGGCGAAAUCGUAUUUAAAACAGAACCUUGGUGUGGUAGCAAUGAAUAAGGAGACAUUAGUUUUUCCUAACGACAUAAGAAUUGAUCAGGAGGACCGACAGAGCGUUUGGGUGAUAACUAAUCGGCUACCAAUGUUUCAAGCAAGUGCUUUAGAUGCUGAUGAUUAUAAUUAUCGUAUUAUGUACGCUGAUACAAAAGAAGCUGUGCGGGGAACAGUUUGUAAUCCCGUCUUUCAACCUCGCCACAAAUGGUAUAAAUAUAUGAGACUCAAAGCAACAUUUUUUAUUGUGGUUCUAGCAAUAUGUGGUACAAGUUCUCACGUACAAAAAAAGUCUAUAGGUACCCUGUAUCGCUGGAAGCAAAUUGACUUUGAUUUUCCAACUCCUCAACACCGUGAACUGGCUAUUCAGAAUGGUCAAUUCAAUCAGAUCAAUGUUAUACCCUUGGGAGUGGAACGAUGGAAAAAUCGUGUAUUUAUAAGUACACCAAGAUGGAAGAAAGGUGUUCCAGCAACAUUGUCUGCUUUGCCUGUUGCAGGCCAGGAAGAAUCUCCAUUACUCCGUCCGUUCCCAAAUUGGGACUGGCACAAUGCAGGUAACUGCACAGGAUUCACAUCAAUUUUCAGAAUGAGCAUCGAUCAUUGCGGAGUAAUGUGGGCUCUUGACUCUGGUCAAGUCGAGGCCUUUGAAACACCGAGGCAACUAUGUCCACCAACACUAUUCGCUAUAAGCCUGGAAACAGAUACUGUUCUUGGCCGAUUUCCCAUUCCGAGCGAAUUUGUUUUACAAAAUUCACUCAUUACAAAUAUUGUCGUUGACUCUAGAGACGCCCAGUGUAGAGACUUACAUGUUUAUAUUGCCGAUGCGUGGCGAUUUGGAUUAAUCGUGUUUAGAGAUUCUGAUUCGUCUUUUUGGAGGUUCAACCAUUAUACGUUUUACCCAGAACCUUUGCUAUCAAAUUACACGCUCCACGGAUUAAAUUAUCAAUGGUCAGAUGGUUUAUUCGGUAUGUCCUUGGGACAGUACCAUCUUGGUGAUCGUCCUCUUUACUAUCACUCCAUGUCUAGUUCUCUAGAAUUUUCGGUUAAAACAUCAGUAAUACGAGAUCCAUCACGAGUUAACAAUGCUAUAGAUGAAUUUAAACUCCUUGGCGAGAGUCGUGGUAUGAGGGGACAGGUUUCCGCCGCAGCCAUAGACCGCAACGGCGUCAUGUUCUUUAACCUUAUUUCACUCGACAGUAUCGGGUGUUGGGACACACGCAAAGAAUACAAAAACAAAAAUUUGGAUAUAGUAGCACAAAAUAAUGAGACGAUUGUGUUUCCUAAUGAUUUACGGAUUGACCAUGAAGUGCCGCAAGUAGUUUGGAUUAUAACGAACAGGCUACCGAUGUAUCAAUUUAAUUUAAUUAAUCCAAAUGAGUAUAAUUACAGAAUUAUGUACAUGGAUCCAAAAACUGCUGUAGAAAAUUCAGUAUGUCAACCAUUUUAAUAU